AUGUGUGUUCGAUGCAAAUAUCAAGUUACAACAUGCUGUAAUGCUUCUUUUGCAUUGAACCUUUUGAAAGAAACAAAGAAUCUUUAUGAUGUGAUCCUGAUAGAAGCUCAGAUGACUGACAUGGAUUCCAACAAUUUCUUGCAACAUGUUGCACAACAAAUCAAAAUUCCAAUCAUCAUGAUGAGUGUUGACCAAUCAACAAGUCCAAGUCUAGUGAUGAAGGCGGUUGAAAAAGGUGCUUGUGGUUAUUGGAUUAAGCCUUUGAGUGAAGGUCAAAUCAAGAACAUGUGGCAACAUGUUGUAAGAAAAGUUCUGAAAGAAAAUAAUCAGAAUGAUCAUGUUCUUAAAACGUUGAAUGCAAAAGAUGAAAAGCCAAGAAAGAUUAUUAAACUCAUGAAUGUGCCUGGUUUGACAAGGGAGCAAGUUGCUAGUCAUCUACAGUAUUUCAAGCACACUCUCGAUUAUCUUAGAGUUGGAAUGACCUGA